AUGACCAACACCUCGACCUCAGUUCUCAUCGCCGGAGCAGGUCCGUCAGGCCUUGCCUUAGCUCUCGCUUUACUGCAGAAUGGCUUGUCCGUUCGCAUCAUAGACAAGUGUGAAACACACAAAAUCGGUCAGAAAGGGUGUGGUAUCCAGCCUAGGAUUCUCGAGCUUUACAAGUUCAUGGAUGUCCUACCUGACAUUCAGAAGAAAGGAGGCUUUGUCCCUCCUGUCGUCCAUUACCUCCCAAAUGGCGAGACUAAGACUAUAAACAUGGUCCGUAAAAGCGAGGACACCCCAGACAAACCUUACAACAAUGCGAUCAUGCUCGGGCAAGACCGCCACGAAGAAAUCCUACGAGAGCACCUAGCGAAACUUGGCUGUGAAGUCGAGUUAGGCACCGAACUUGUGUCAUUCGAACAGUCUGCCGAUCGCGUUAUAUCCCGUGUUCUCAAGACCCGUGAUGGCCAGACUGUCGAAGAGACCAUCUCUUCUCGAUGGCUAGUCGGCUCAGAGGGUGCCCGUAGCGUUGUACGCAAAACGCUAGGCUUGACAUUCCUCGGCGAGACGCGAGAAGGGGAGAACAUGAUCGUCGGCGAUAUCAAAAUAAUAAAACCCCAACUUGACGAGUUCUUGCACUUUUACGGAGAUAUAACAGACAAAACAGUGGUCAUACGACCAUCUGAGGACCGGUCUGCGAACAAGUAUCAAUUCUUUCUCAUGGGGCAUAAGCUGGACACUACGACGGCAGCUUCUGGACGUGAGGCGUUCCUUAAAGAGUUCUAUGCUAUAUCUGGCCGAACAGACAUCGAAUUCGGUGAACUCGUUUGGAUAUCCAACUUCCAGGGAGUAACUCUUGUGACAAAUAUGACUGUAUUCUUAUGUUUCCUACAGGCCCAAUAUUCGGAUGGUGGACAAGUACGGUUCAGGGAGAGCUUUUACGCUGCCCAUGUCCACAGUCCUACGGGAGGUCAGGGCCUAAACUCAGGCAUCCAAGAUUCGAUCAACCUAGCAUGGAAACUUGCCCUCGUCGACAAAGGCCUGGCCGCACCCACUCUCCUAGACACCUACACACAGGAACGCAUCCCAGUCAUCGCAGCAAUGCUCAACAAAACCACUGAGCUCCUCAACAAGACCUUCAAACCCGGAGCCUCAUCAUAUGACGGGUGGCAGAGAGGGCCCGAGCUGUACCAGUUCGGCGUCAACUACCGCGGGAGCCCGAUUGUCGUUGACGAGGCGGGGACGCCUGAGAGCGUCGAUCCGUAUCGGUCGGGAGAGGGUGGAGAGUUGCGUGCUGGGGAUCGUGCUCCUGACGCACCGGGUCUGGUGUCUUCGAAGGGAGAGAAGACGCGUCUCUUCGAUACAUUCCGCACGUCGUAUCAUACGGUCCUCAUCUUCGCUGGUACAGAACUGGAGGCCAAGGAAAUUCUGGACCUUCUAAAGGCGUAUCCAGCGGGUACUGUCAAGUCGGUCGUAAUUCUUCCUCAGAGCAAUGGUCCUGUCGUCGAUGGUUCAUCCGUUGACUUUGUCCUCACCGAUGGAGAGGGUUAUGCGCGCAAAAACUAUAACGAUCGCAAUGGGGUUGUCAUGGUCAGACCGGAUGGGAUGAUUGGUGCACUCGUAGGCGGAGUAGACGGGUUGAAGCAGUACUUCAAAGGCAUAUUCCUUUAA